AUCAAUUUUUAUUUAUUAUUUAAUAUUUUUGGAAUUUGGACACUUCGAUGGAAUAGGGAAUUACCAUUUUAGACACUUAACUGUCUAUUAUUAAUGUAUAACUAAUAUAAAAAUAUAAUGUUAUAAUAUAUGAUAGAAUAUUAUGUUGGCAUAACGGUCGUCUACUCAUCUCAAACUGUCCAACUCUCGAACCUCGAUUAGUGUUCCCGGAUAAAAACAAUUUGCAGAUAUUCCGAAUUUGUCUAAUCCACCGUCGUCAUUUGUGUUCAGAAAAUGGACGAACCUUCUACCAGUUCCGAUUUGUGCAAGAAAUUGUCGUAUUCCAUACAUUCUUAUUCGAGUUACUUGCCGACUUACGUACCAGAAAAUAUUUUACAUGAUAAUCAGGAAGAUCAAAGUUCUAGAUGGUCUUCGAUGUCUAAUAGUCCACCUCAAUAUUUAAUUUUGAAGCUACAAAAUACUUCCAUUGUAAAGUACAUAAAAUUUGGCAAAUAUGAACGACCGCAUGUAUGCAAUUUAAAAAGAUUUAAAGUUUACGGUGGACUAGGAGAAGAUACAAAAAUUGAAUUGCUCUAUAGUGGCCUCAACAACAAUAGUGACUUAGAAGUAUUUAACUUACGUCACACUCUUGAUAAUAAUUCAAUGAUACCUGUAAGAUAUAUCAGAUUAGAACCUCUUGAAUCCUGGGGUUCAAAUUUCAAUUAUAGUCUUUGGUAUGUCGAGCUACUUGGCAUUGAUGAUUCUCAUAUUAUAUCCAGUGAAAUCGCUAGAUUCUAUCAACUUCGAGAAGAAACAUUAAUUCGUCUAUGUCUCAAACAUUUUCGUCAAAAACACUAUGACCUAGCUGCCAAUGUUCUCUUACAGAGUUCUCAUAUAACAUUAGAACAUCCUUUCUUAUCACAACUAUAUGAUACAAUAGUAACACAGGGAAAUUAUGAGAUGGCUGAGACUUCAAUGGAUCAAGCAAUAAAUGAUGGCUUUUUAGAAGGUUUUAUGAAAAGUCAAAGUUUCAAACCUAUUUGGAAUUUAGUUAAAGAACACGAUAAUUGUAAAAGAAGGCCAUGUAUGCGAGGAGGUCAUCAAAUGUGUAUUGAUUCAGCCGAUGGAAUGAUAUAUCUGCUUGGCGGAUGGGAUGGACAUAAGGAUUUGUCCGAUUUAUGGUGCUUUACUAUCGCCACUAGUACAUGGCGUUGUAUAUCAAUCAAUGUAGAAGAACACGGUGGACCAAGUCCACGAUCAUGUCAUAAGAUAUGUAUUGACAUGGAAAGGAAGCAAAUUUUUGUUUUAGGAAGAUUUUAUGAAGUUCAAUCAUUUAUUGGUGAUUAUCCUCAGAGUGAUUUUUAUGUCUAUGACAUUGAACAAAGUCAAUGGACUCUAAUAUGUGCUGACACAAAUAUAAUGGGUGGACCCAAAUUAUUGUUUGAUCACCAAAUGGUUAUGGAUUCUAUAUCAUCGACUAUUUAUGUAUUUGGUGGUAGGGUGGUAGCGUCUUCUACUAGAUGCAGUUCUGAUGAAACUCAAAACAAUCCAGAUUUUUCGGGUUUUUACAAAUAUCAUGUUCCAACCAAUACAUGGACAUGUAUUUUACCGGACACAUUCCACGAAAUCAAAGUCCAAGAUGGACUUUUGACACAUAACCCACAAACAGUAGCAUCGCGUGGAGGACAUUCUAUAUUAUUACAUUCAAAAAUGAGACGGAUAUAUAUAUUUGGUGGUCAACGGCAAAGAUGGGCGCAAAAAUGUCCAGAAUUCUUAUGGUAUGAUAUUGAAACAGGGGUAACACAAUCAAUGCCAAUGCCAUCAACUGUUGAUAAGCCACCUAUGGGGUAUACACAGCGUGCUACAAUCGACAUGGAUCAUGAUGAAAUAUAUGUUUUAUCUAGUCUAAGUAAAGACAAGGAUCGCAGAGAGGAUAAAGUUCAAAAUGCAUUCUGGGUGUAUUUUAUCAAACAAAAUAAAUGGAUCUGUAUCUACAAAAAUCAUAAUUCUGAUGAACAAUAUUGGAAUAGAAUGCAACACUUAGAACCAUGUCCUCGUUUUGCGUACCAGUUGGUAUAUGAUCAAAAGAAUAAGACACACUAUUUAUUUGGUGGUAAUCCUGGAAGACCUGAUGCUCAAAAUUUAAGACUAGAUGAUUUUUGGGAACUCAAAGUUUAUAGAUGUACUAACACAGAACUCAGCAGCCAGUGUAAACUGUUGAUUCGGAAGUUCAAGUUUCAAGAAAUUAAAAAAAAAGAUAAAGUAGCUGCCAUGCAAUUUUUACAAACAUCUGUAUCAGAACUGAUCGAUCAUUCCGACACGGAGCAAACUCGAGAAUUUCAGGGAACUGCAGCUCUAUUGUUUAAAGAUGAUAACCAAACUGGUGAUUUCAGUGAGCAAAUACACAAGUGGCGUUGUAGUUUGUUUGACAAAUUAUGUGAAUUUUUUCCUAAUUCAAUGGUACAGCCCAAAGAAAGUUUAGUUGAUUUGAUUCCCUUAUAACUAGACUAUGACUGUUCAACAUUUUUAGUUUUAAUUUUACUUGUUUUGAUUAUUAUAUUAUUAGUUCCUUCAUUCUCGCGUUAUUUUCUAAUUUAAAUUUGUAAAAAUUAUUGUUUUAAUUGAAAAUACGACUUAUUUUCGUCAUAAUUCGUCUCAUUAUUAAUAUUAUUUGACAUUGAAUUUAAAAAUGAAUGCUACUGCGUUUUUUUCAAAAAUCAACUUGACAUUAAAAGUAUGUUAAUUACCAAACUAAUUGGUAAUUUUUUAACAUUUACGAGCAAUAAUAAUACUUUAAAUGAUAUUAUUUAACUUGUAUUAUACUCUGAAACUUAAUUUAAGUACUCACAAGGUGUACUUGGAGAAUGUAUAUUAAUUUAUAGUGGUCUAAUAAUUUAGACUUUUGUAAAUAGUUUUUUUAAUUUCUACCCACUCCCUCCUACUCUACCCCUAGUAUUAACUAGUCACUAUUUGUAUAAUGUUCUAUGUUGCAAAUGGGUUCAAUUUUCUAAUAAUCUAGACUUUUGUAAAUGGUUUUUUCAUUUCUACCUGCUCCUUCCUCCUCAUCUACCCCUAUUUUUAACUAGUCACUAUUUGUAUAAUGUUGUAUGUUGCAAAUGGAUUCAAUUUUAUAUAAAAUUAGUUGUAAGAGUUAUCUAUUUGAUUUAAUUUGGGCAAUUAUUGAAUGUUAACUUAAAUUAAUAUUUUUUUAAAUUGUUAUCUUAAUUUAAAAUAUGUUAGAUUAACCUAUGUUCACUUUUUAAUUUAAUUUUUAUAUAAACUAGAUUAAAAUGAAUACCAAAAUAGUAUGUAUCAAGUCUUAAUAGUUUUUAGCUUUAUUAAUGACAAUUUUUUAUAUUUAUAUUAUGAUCUCUAAACACUGAUUUUUACCACUAAAAAUUAUUUAUUAUUUAUUUAUUUAUUAUUUGCUUAUAGUUAAUAAUGUUAUGUUAAUUUACUUGUAAUUUUAUAAAAAUAAAUCAUUUUGAUUUUGUAAU